UAUAGAACUUGGAAUCUGACGCUAGUCUGCGUAAAUCGACGGCAAGUCUUCUAUUUGACUUUUGAGCACGACGAGAUAGUGAAAUGAGGGAAACUUCCUGCAACUUAAGUGAGAAAGAGAGAGUGAUCUUCAUCUUCAAGUUGCCAAACCUUUCUCACUCUGCCAAAAGUUCAAGUUUUGUUUGAGGGUGGUGUGUUCUGUUGGUUAGAGCUGAUGGAUACUGAUAAUGAGAAGCCUCGGCCUCCUCAACGUGGUUCAAGCGAACCCUCAAUGGACACAGACAAGAUGUACGCUGAUGAUGAUGAGAGCCCUUCAGAAGAUGAAGAUGGAGAGCCCUCAAUGAGCCCUUUUGGAUAUGGAUUGCCCUCAAUGAGCCCUUCUGGAGAUGGAGAUCCCUCAAUAGGCACAGGCGAUUGGAGGAGUCAAUGGCAGCCAGAUACGAGGCAAAAAAUUGUCAACAAGAUAAUGGAGACAUUGAAUAUGCAUCUCCCUUUCACUGGUCAAGAGGGAUUACAGGUGCUCAAGAAAAUUGUUGUGAGGUUUGAGGAAAAGGUUUAUAUUACUGCCACAAGCCAGGAUCAUUUUUGACGGAAUUGGUUCCCAUUUUUCUUGAUCAAAGUUCUGAAGAUUCCACAGCCCCGGCAAGACAUGCAAAUGGAGCUGACUGGCAAGAGGAGGUCUAUCAAACGAUCAAACUCAUGAAGCAGGCAUAUGUACCCGAACUAAGUGAACUGCAUCAGAAAAUUGCUACUGGACUUCAGCAGUUUGAUUCUCUUCCACAACAACCAAAAUCAGAGCAGCUUGGCAAACUGAAAAUGUCCAAGACCAAUUUGGAGCACCUCAUAUCAGUCUUACAGAUUUCCAAAAGUAGCAUUUCACCUGAUUUGAAGGACAAGUUGGUUUUAUAUGAAAAGCAGAUAGUAAAUUUUAUUAAUGUAGAUAGAGGUGGGAAGCCAGUUUCUUCUCUGCAGCAAGUGCAACUCCUCACACCCCAGCCCAUGCAGCAGUCACUAUCUGAAAUUACUCAACAGCAAUUUUAUGGAAGGAACCCACAGUUGCAAUCAAUGAAUUUACAAGGUUCUGUGGCAAUAAUGCAGCAGAACAAUAUGACAAGCUUGCAGCAAAUGUCUUCUUCAUCUGAGGUUUCAACAGCACAGCAGAGGAUGAUGCAUUUGCUGCAGCCUAGUUCCAAUAUAGAAUCAGGACAAGGAUUUGCACUGAACUCAUUGCAGCAGUUUGCUUUGGGCUCUGUCCCACAAACUCUUGUCAGUGCUUCCCAAGAAGCGGACAUGACUGCCUUGUCAUCACAGAGUGGGGACAUUUCAUCAGAGUGGACCUUUUUAAUGGCUAGCUUUGUACUAGAGAUUUUGUCAGCUGCUUGUGAACAGUUAUCCUCCCGAAAUAAGCCUCUUUAUGCAUUAGGUGGUAUGUUGUUUGCUAUUGCAGCUUUUCUGACCUGCAUAUGGGAGCUUGUAGACAAGGUUAUCAAGGACAGAAUUGUAUUGAGGAGGAGGGAAAUGCUGCGCAUCCCUUAUUAUCCAUCUCCCCAUAACACACCCGGUUUCAACUUAGCUGACUAUUAUGGUCUAGCCGGUGCCUUCUAUCAACUGUUUUGCGCAACAUUUGAGUGGUUUCAUGUCCGCAAGGGUGUUGAUAAUCCUAUAAAAUUUUCAAUUAUGCCUUUAGUAUUUCUUGUGCUUCUGGCUUGUUCUAGAGUUAGGGUUGAAAGGUAUACCAUAGAUGAGACACUGGUAGAUAUUGUUUAGACAAAGAAUCAUUUUGAGUUAUUAGGGCCCUCUCUGAGGAUAUUGAAAUUUCAACACAUUAGGCUCAUUUUUAUUCCUUUAAUCCAUGUAGUGUGGCCUUGGUGUGGGAAAUUUCAUAGAGUAGUGGUUGUGUAAAUGUCAAUGUUGUUACGUAGUCGUCCUUCUGUAUAGAUAUUAUUUACAUGAGGUUGUGAAUUUGAGUUAUCUGUCCGCAUUCAAAUUUAGGAAUUUAAAAAUAUAUGUGUUCUGAUUUUAUGUUAACAUUAUGGAUGGUGUGAAAAACACAAUUAGCUACUUGUUGGUUUAUCUAAGCCUACGUAAGUCAUGCAGCAGUCACAAUCUCAAAUUACUCAAAUGCAGUCAGUCUCAUGAAAAUCAAAUGAGCCCACACCAACUUACAAGGUUCUUUCUAUGGCAAGCAAUUCAGCAGCAGAACAAUAUUCUCAAUUAGCUUGCGGCAAAAUGCUGUGUGAAUCCUUCUGUAGUGUGGCCUCGUGGGCAUGCGCAUCUUUCCAAGUUCCAUGUUUGUCGCCAUUAAAAAUGUAAAGACGUUUCAGUCCAUUUGUUAACUCAUCAUGGGUCGAGUUCAUGUGCAACCAUGAAUAAUCCAUCGAGUUAUCAUUUUUUUUCCUUUUUCUGGUGGGAUUUCAUUUGAACUUGCCAUUCAAUCUUUUAUUGUUUUGUUUCACAAUUUUUCUUUUGGUUUGGUUAGAUUCGAUGGAGAACAAUAAUGGGAGGCCUCCUCAAGUUGCAGAACCAUCAAUUGAUGCAGGAGGGGAUUGGAGGAGUCAACUGCCGCCAGGUGGAUGGCAAAGAAUUCUCAACUGGAUAAUGGAUACACUUCAAAAACUUCUUCCCCCCGAUCAAGUGGGACAGGAACUCAUGAAAAGUGCUGUAAGGUUUGAAGAAAAAUAUUGAACUUCCAUGAACUCUUCUUGGGGUUCUAUUUUUCCUGCUACAUUUAAUACUUCUUAGACAGUGCUAAAUGUAGGUGGUUAAGUUGGAGACAAUAUCGAUGUUAGUAUAUGGUAAAGGGAUCAAAUGAUUAAAAAUAUGAACAUAAAGGGCAUUUGUUGUGUUCUUGUCUUUACAGUUGUUUUUACUUGGAAAUGUUUAGAUGACCCUAACUUGUUUGUGUG